GAGCUCCUUUUUGACAUGACCAGGCUAACGUUCACUGCCUCUUUGUCUGACUCGCCAGAUAUUCCCUGCAAAACAAACACCGCCAGUCAACAAGCCAGAACAGUAGAGACGAAGGAAGCAAGCACACAGCGGAGAGAGAGAAACAACGACGCCGCGUGAACCCUAAAUAACCGACCCAAGCCUCCGGUCGAUGGAGUCUCUCUCGCGCCAGCUCCACAGGAAGAAGCUCCCCAGUGCGAACAGCACUGGCAGUGCUGCUGGCUACGACGCCAGGAACGGGUACGACGGCGUCUUCGCCGGCGGCAGGGGCGCGCAGAGGUUCGGAGGAGCCCAGCCGCGGCACGCGUCUCGCAUCGAGGACUACGGCGAGAUUUUCGGCGGCUCACGUGGCUCUUCGAUCCCGAUUCUCGACGUCUCGGCUCUCGGCGAGGCGAGAGUUUCGGCCUCGAAGCUCGAUUACUCGGCGAUUUUCGAAGGUUUUAGAGACGGAGGAGAUUUAGGUGCUUCGUACGAGGAAAUGUUUGCGAAACCGAACGGAGCUAGAAAUUUCUCUGCCGGAGCAAGGGCUCCUGCCAAAAAAGUAUCUCAUUCUGAUGGGACGGAUCAAUUAGAUCGUUAUAGGGAUGAAGCUUUCCAAAAUGAAGCUCCUAAUCAGUCAUUUGCGGGUCUGAAGCAGUUUAAUAUGUCUUAUCAUAAAAGCAGCCAAAAAAGCAACAAUGGGAAAAAUGGGACAACACGUAUAACUCAACUCCGUGCUGUUCCUGGAUUUACUUGUUUCAUUGAGGAAAAUCCUCCUGUCCAGAAGAAAGAAGGAGAUAAAUAUGGACCCCCGACAAAAGUUGAUGUGACAUCUCCGACAAAAAUUUAUUCGAAUGCUGCAUAUUCACAUUCUUCUGAUGCUACUGGAAUAUUUGAAAGUCAAUCGAGUAAGUAUGAGUUGUAUUCGUCUUCAGUAGAUAAGUCAUUUGGUGCUAAUGAACCCAAUACACAUUCCUCUAAGAUGUCAUCACCUUCAGGUGUGUCUGCUAACUUAACCAGUAAUAAGAGUGUGCCAACGAGGUCAAUUGAUUUAAACUCCAAGGGUCCUAAAAGUGAUGCUUCCCAAGCUGGUCCUGGUUACUGUUCACCAUCAUUUUCGGAUGAGGAGUUAGAUGUAAAUUCAGCCGCAGCUGCAUCUGCAGCCGCUUUGAGAAAAGCACUUGAGACGGCACAAGCUAGUAUAAGAAUUGCUAAAGAAUUUAUGGAACGGAAGAAGGAUAGUACUCAAAGGUUUUCAAAGCCAAGUUCCAAGGAUGGCUUAGAUACCAAUAACAGAAGGGAUGAUAAAUUUGCCGUUGGAGAAACCAGAUUUAGAGAGAAGAAUGCUAAGGAAAUGAGUGAAUAUGAUGACAUUGUCUUUCAAGUUUUCUCCAAGUCAGAAAGGGAGAAAGCACGGAGAAGUGGCAAAGUAGCUCCUGACAGCAAACAGGUAGAGGAGAUCUCCCUUAUUAAGGAGGUUGCACGAGAUACAAAUGGAAACAAAUUUGUAUCGGCCGAAGCUUGUGGAGCAGUGAGACAGAUUUCGGGAAUGGCAACCAGAGGUGAGUGCAGAACUGCACCUUUGUCUUGUGAGCAUGCAGGCAGCAGAAACAGCAUUAUUGAAGCUGUAGAUACACAUGAAUGCUGGAGGAAGGAGAUGGAAACAGAGAAAGAAAUCUUGGAGCAGCUGGAUGGAAGUGGCAAGAAAGUGGAUGAAGAAGCUCGGGAGCUGGAGGAUUUAGAAGUCAAAUUAAAUACAAUUAAAGAGACGCGAGUUUUGGACCAGCAUGGUGAUAGGUUAGAUGCUGUUCAAGAGGUUCAGGAGCAGGAGGACAAUGAUAAACCAGGAGUUGCCCGGGUAGAUGAAGAAACAGGGGAAGAGGAAAAAGCUUCCAAGGCGCCGGAAAAAUGUGAGAAUGAAUUCGAGGAGUUUUUGGAGCCAAAGGAGAAUGAGGAGUUUCAGUCCAUGGGGGACAGGGAAAGUGAUGAUGAGGAGGGACUUGACGAAGGUCGGGAGUGCAUGGAAAAUGAGAAGAAUCUAGAAGACAUUUUUGUGGAGGUUCAAGAUGAGAAGUUGGAAGAGUUUUUUGAUCUCAAGGAGAAUGAGGACUUUGAGUCCCAGGGGGUGACUGCAGAUAAUAAUGAGGAGGGACUUGAUGAAGCCCAGGAGUGCAUGGAAAAUGAAAGGAAACUAGAAGAAAUUAUUGGAGAGGAACAAAAUGAGAAGUUGUUGGAAGAGUUUUUGGAUGUUGAGGAGAAUGAGGAGUUUCAGUCCCAAGGGGUGAAGGCGAAUACUAAUGAGGGACUUGAUGAAGCCCAGGCGUGCAUGGGAAAUGAGAGGAAAUAUGAAGACAUUUUGGGAGAGGAACAAAAUGAGAAGUUGUUGGAAGAGUUUAUGGACCUCAAGGAGGAUGAGGAGUUUGAGUCCGAGCCCCAAGGGGUGAAGGCGAAUAAUAAUGAGGUGGGACUUGAUGAACCCCUGAGAUGCAUGGAAAAUGAGAGGAAACUGGAAGACAUUUUCGAAGAGGAACAAAAUGAGAUACAGUUGGAAGAGUUUUUGGGCCUCAAGGAGAAUGAGGAGUUUGACUCGCAGGGGGUGAAGGUGAAUAAUAAUGAGGAGGGACAGGAUGAAGCCCAGGGGUGCAUGGAAAAUGAGAAGAAACUAAAAGACGUUUUGGACGAGGAACAAAAUAAGAAAUUGUUGAACGAUAUUCACGAGGAAGAAAGUGGACAUGGGCUAAGAAAGAGUUGUGAACAAAACAAAUUUGAUGAAGGACUAGAAGCAUCUGGUUUGUGGGGAGGUUAUGAAGAGGCCUUUGAGGCGGAAAGCAUUGAGAAGAAACAACAUGAUGCCCAUGAAGGAAAUGACAAUGAGAGGAGUUCGGACAAGUCUCGUGAUCUGGACAUCAGCAACAAGAGUUUCAAUGACAUAUUGGUUGAUGAAGAUGAAGACACUGAAAGCAUACAGAGAGAGACUGAAGGUAAUGAGACGAUGGAAGUUUAUAAGGAGGCUGUUGAGGAGACAAUGAAUCUUGAUGCAACUAUUGAUGCCUGUAAUGAUGGAGAAGAAUGUGAGGAGAAACAAGAAGAUGACAGUGAUUUGGGGGGAAUGGACAUAUUGGUUGAUGAAAAUGAAGACACUGAAAGCAUACAGAGAGAGACUGAAGGUAAUGAGACGAUGGAAGUUUAUCAGGAGGCUGUUGAGGAGACGAUGAAUUUUGAUGCACCUGUUAAUGACUGUAAGUCGGCAGUAGGUGAGAGUGAAGAGGUCCAUAGAGAUAUAAAAGAUGAUUAUGAUUUGUCUUUUGAAGAUAAUGACAGAAUGUCAGAUGUCACCGAAUCUUCUGGGGAAAUCGCAUUGGAUGAAAAUGUUUUGGAAGCAACUGAAAUGGCAUAUGAGGUGGGGGAAAAAGAGAGCUGUAAUUCAGGUGGCCUUGUUGGAGAUGCCGCUGAACACAUUGAGAUCGAAAACAAGACAAAAGACUGCUCUGAGGCUCUUCUUUUCAAUCACAGUCCAGAAAAUAUUGGCUUAACUGACAUGAGUUAUGGAGCUAAACAAACAGACCAGAAUGAAAAGGAAUCUGAGUUAAACUCCAGUUUGCGAAGUGGUAUUAAGAUAUUGGCGUGUGAUUCAUCAGUAGAAGAUGAGAAAGAAGUUGAUGAAAAACUAGUCUUUGAUCCAGAAGAAGUCAAGAGUACUUUUGAUACAGCUUAUGUGAGAAGAGUCAGAAAACAAUGGUUUGAAACGGGGAAGAAAAGGGAACCAUCUCAACCACCGAGUGUAUUCGAGGGGGAGGACAAAACAACAGGAAUGGAUGAAGAUAUCAAGACAGACCCAAUUAUUGAUGAAGUUACCAAAAGUAAUUUAGACACAGCUCAUGAGAGAAGAGUCAGGAAACAAUGGUUUGAAACAGGGAGGAAAACAGAAACAUCUCAACCACCUAGUAUAUACAGAGGGGAAGAGAAAACAAUAAGAAUAGAUGAAGAUAUCAAGACAAACCCAAUUACAGAUAAGAAUGUGGAUAAUCUUGCUAAAACCCAUACAGUUGAAGAGAAGGAAACCAAAGAAGUUGAACGAAAAGAAGUGAAAAAAGAAUACCUCAGGAAAGUGGAUGAGGCGAACAAGAGGGAAAGGGAGAGAGAAAAGGAUAGAAUGGCUGUUGAAAGAGCAAUCCGUGAAGCUCGCGAGAGGGCAUUUGCUGAAGCCAGAGAAAGGGCAGAAAGGACUGCCGUGGAAAAAGCAACUGCUGAAGUGCGAAAAAGAGUAAUGGCUGAGGCCAGAGAAAAGGCUGAGAAGGCAUCUGCAGCAACUAAGUCAUCAGCUGAGAAAGCUUCCAUGGAAGCUAAACUUAGAUCAGAACGCGCUGCAGUAGAGAGAGCAACUGCAGAGGCUAGGGAGCGGGCCCUAGAGAAAGCAUUAUCACAGAAGGCUACCUCUGGAGUGAAAGAACAGGCAGAGAGAUGUAUCGCUGAGAAGGUUUCUGGUGCUUUCAGAGAGAGUGGAAUGAGGCAGAGCUCUUCUUCUUCUGACACACAGAAAUUGGAUGAAAGUGUUGGUGAAUCAGCUGAGAGGUGUAAGGCAAGGUUAGAGAGAAACCAAAGAAGCAUGGAACGAGCGGCAAAAGCUCUCGCGGAAAAGAAUAGGCGUGAUCUUCUUGCUCAGAAAGAGCAAGCUGAGAGAAAUAGAUUUGCAGAAACUCUGGAUGCUGAAGUUAAGAGAUGGUCAAGUGGAAAGGAAGGGAAUUUGCGGGCACUGCUUUCUACUCUACAAUAUGUCCUUGGGCCCAAUAGCGGCUGGCAAUCUGUUUCCCUUACAGAAAUUGUAACAACUAGUGCGGUAAAGAAAGCUUACAGGAGAGCCACUCUUCAUGUUCAUCCUGAUAAGUUGCAGCAAAGGGGUGCAACCAUUCAGCAGAAGUACAUAUGUGAGAAGGUUUUUGAUCUUCUAAAGGCUGCUUGGAACAAGUUCAACUCAGAAGAAAGGUGAUGACAUUUUAGAGAGAGAACUAGCUGCUGUUCAUUUUUCUGUAAUUUAGUACAUAUGAUAUUACUUUUCAUUUUUUCUUAAUAAGAGGAGAGAGAGAGAGAGAGAGAGAGAGAGAGAGAGAGAGAGAGAGAGAGAGAGAGAGAGAGAGAGAGAGAGAGAGAGUUUGUAUACUUUCAAGAUGCAUUCAUCACGAACUCUUUCUAUAUGUAUUAUUUAAGUUCUUAUUGUACCCAAAAAAGGGGGCUAAAGAAAGAAAAGAUUCCUUAAUUAGACAAA